AUGCAUUCCUCUGGAUUUGAUGAUCGGGUAGCUGAGCAGAAGCUCAACGAUAUCCUUGAAGCGGAGUGGUCCGAACAGAAACCUCGACCAGACGGGGAAUUCAAGUCAACAAAUCCGGCUGUCUGGACCCUGUCUCAUGAUCUCAUAGAAGGCAUUGUUCAAUCACAUCCAUCCGCAGAGUCUGGGAUGCAGAUGGAUGGCCAGAGUUGGGAGAAUCGUGGAUCGGAGUGUCAGCGUCAUCAUCCCAUCAUGAGCGCCACUCCUCUUUCUUAUAUUAUUGUUCCGUGCCUCCGCCUGUACGGAUCUUCUUCUCUGAACAAUUCCGUUGAAAUCAUAUUUGCACACAAUUGGAUUCUCUCGUCAUCAACACAUAAUCCAUCUAUGCGCUCCUCUGGAAGCCAGACCCAGAACCCUUCGUCAAGAACGCAAGGAACCAAGUCUUCCAAAACGGACCCUACUGCCAAUUGGAGCAUACAGGAGAUGUUUGAGACAACACUUGACAAGGAUGGAAACCCUGUCCCCGAUCCUGUCUCAUUCAUUGACGGCGCCAAAAUGAGUAAAGGGGAACGCGGCUUUAAGGACGAGGGCGAUAUGGUCUCCGCCGCCAAUGAUGACUUUGACUAA